AUGGAUAAUCAGUCGUUCUUGUUUGCCUCCGACAGGCGCACUGUACUAACAGCUCGUGUUGCGGAGAGGCAGCAGACCUUGAGAUUUUCGGUUAGCGUCAGAAAUGCCUUUUUUCACGCUCAGCGCUCUGGAACUGUCGAAGAGAAGGUGCAUGAACGAUGCUUCGGAUUAUCACGUAAGCCAAGCUUUCUUUCUGAGUGUCAAUGCCUUCUGUAUGGGCAAAUUCCCACCCAGAUGGGGCAGCUGACUCUAGACGGCGUACAUGUCCGUACUUUUUUCGUAUGCGUAAAUAUGCAUGCUUUCAGUACCUUCCCUAAGCCCACCGGGGCGCAAAGAGGAGGUCUGUUAAGAGGAUCGAUAAUUACGCGAUGUUGGGUUUUAAGCCAAUGCGAAGCGACAUUCCAGAGAAAGGCUCCGGUUGUUCCUCAGCAGCAGCAAAUAAAGAUCAGAAGAUGAGUGCAAAACACUCCAUCAACGACCCAAAGCAUGGCAAUCGUAGUCUUGCGAUCAUUCCCCGGCAACUUCAGAGACGUUCACAAUUGACCAGAGCUUCAGCGUUUUCGCCUUUCUCAAAAAGAAGCACCCGAGAAUGUUGAAUUUAUUUUGUUGUGUCUUUUAUUUGUGCUCCUGAGAAGUGGGCUCUCGUCUCGCUGGGGCCCCCCACUAGGCGUUUUUUACGUGCUUGUGUUUCCUAGGCCACUUGGAGCUUACCUCUGUAUCACUCGGCGUUUUUCCCUUCUUUUUGGGAAGCAAAAACUGGCCAGACCGCUAGAGUCCAAGCUUGCGUAGCAC